AUGGCUCGUGCAGAAUUGAUCCUGAACCGCAGAGAAUCAAACGAGGAUGAGUUGCGAGCGUCAUUGAACGACAUGGCCGACUGUGAAGUGGUCUUACGUGAUUGGAACAGCAAAAGGUUGAGAGCGCUCAGAGAACGCUGGAAGGCGAAGCGGCAGGAGUUCGAACUCUGGCAGAAAGAAAUGGAUCAUCUGCAAAGUAUUGCUGUAACAGUGGAAAAUAGACAGAGUCUGAACCCGUCAUUAAUCGCUGAACUGCAAAGCAUUGAAGAAAGCUGUGAUCAGAUGACAAUGACAGAGUUAGCACAUCCACUCCGAUUAGCAAUUCGGCAACUCCGUGUCGUUCUGGAAAAUUCUUUCAAAGAACGCCUCGAGAGUUUGAAAAUGGCUGGUGAGGAGGACUGCACCGUCGCUCAUAACAUCGUUCAGGUUUGUAUCUACAACGACCUCUUCCCAAACACACACACUCUAUCUCUCUCCUGUCGUUUUCUUUACACUGGCGCCGUUUUGCGCACGCCUCCUCAGCCAACCGGCUCUCGCUGA